AUGCGAUGGCCUUGGUCACGCAACGACGAUGACCAAAAGAAAAGCGGACUGCCUCAGUGGGCCGCUCCAACGAAGUCGGAUAAUUGGUCAAGCACGUUGUUUGAGCCACGGACACUGAUUCCGGCAGUCGCUCUUACAGUCUCAACUAUUGCUGGUGUCCGGCUCUACAAGACUUAUCUGCGUCGCAUACCAACCGUCAAUCACAUCAAACCAAACUACUACCGUCGCAAGGGCAUAUUUGGCCAGGUUACAAGUGUUGGAGAUGCAGAUAAUUUCAGGCUAUUCCACACACCAGGUGGGAGAAUAGCUGGGUGGGGUAUCCUGCCCUGGAAGAAGGUACCUAAGAAAAGAGAGGACUUGGUCAGACAGACACUUCACAUUCGAAUUGCUGGGGUCGAUGCUCCAGAACUUGCACACUGGGGCCGAGAAGCUCAGCCGUUUGCGAAAGAGGCCCAUGAAUGGCUCAUCAAUCUGAUCCACAACCGCCGAGUCCGCGCAUAUAUAUACAGACGUGAUCAGUACGACCGCAUAGUAGCCCAAGUCUUUGUGCGCAGAUGGUUCUUCAAGAAAGACGUAGGGUUGGAGAUGUUGAAAGCUGGAUUGGCCACGAUAUACGAGGCCAAGACAGGUGCCGAGUUUGGUACCGCUGAAGACAAAUAUCGCGCUGCGGAAAAGAAGGCUCGCGAGAGCAGAGUCGGGAUGUGGGCGAAGCCGAGCUUCACACAAAGGUUGACCGCGCCCAAUGCAGAGGCAUACCUGAAGAGCGGCGUCAUUUCUGGCGCGCAGAAUCUGGUUGAUGUCAAGAAAGUCCUGGUCAUUGGUAGUGGUGGUCUCAGCAUUGGUCAAGCCGGAGAGUUUGAUUACUCAGGUUCACAAGCACUCAAGGCCCUGAAGGAAGCUGGCGUCAAGUCCGUCCUUCUCAACCCCAAUAUUGCUACCAUCCAAACGUCCCACGUGCUUGCCGACGAGAUCUACUACCUGCCUGUAACUCCCGAAUACGCCGAAUAUGUCAUCCAGAAGGAAAGGCCUGAUGGCAUCUUCCUCAGCUUCGGUGGACAGACUGCGCUGAACCUGGGUGUCCAGAUGGAUGCCAAGGGUAUUUUCGAGAAGUACGGUGUCAAGGUGCUUGGAACCAGCGUCCAGACUUUGAAGACCAGUGAGGACCGUGAUCUCUUUGCGCGCGCUCUCGACGAGAUCAACAUUCCCAUCGCCAAGUCGAUUGCCGUUUCCACUGUCGACGAGGCACUGGACGCGGCCGAGAAGGUCGGAUACCCCAUUAUCGUCCGUGCCGCGUACGCGCUCGGUGGUCUCGGUUCGGGUUUCGCAAACAACCCAGAGGAGCUGAAGAACUUGUCAGCCCGGUCGCUCACAUUGUCACCUCAAAUCUUGGUUGAGAAGUCUCUCAAGGGCUGGAAGGAGGCCGAGUACGAGGUCGUUCGUGAUGCCAGCGACAACUGCAUCACAGUCUGCAACAUGGAAAACUUCGACCCUCUUGGUGUACACACCGGUGACAGUAUCGUCGUAUCGCCAAGUCAGACAUUCAGCGACGAGGAAUACCACAUGCUCCGGUCUGCGUCCAUUAAGAUCGUCCGUCAUUUGGGAGUCGUAGGCGAGUGCAACGUGCAGUACUGUCUCCAGCCAGAUGGUCUUGACUACAGGGUCAUCGAAGUCAACGCUCGUCUCUCUCGUUCAUCUGCAUUGGCAUCCAAGGCAACUGGAUACCCUCUGGCGUACACUGCGGCAAAGAUUGGUCUCGGACAUACGCUCCCUGAACUGCCCAACGCCGUCACUAAGACUACCACCGCAAACUUCGAGCCCAGCUUGGAUUAUGUCGUCACUAAGAUGCCUCGAUGGGAUCUCAGCAAGUUCCAAAACGUCAAGCGCGACAUCGGCAGUUCUAUGAAGUCUGUCGGUGAGGUUAUGGCCAUUGGUCGCACAUUCGAGGAGUCCUUCCAGAAGGCUUGCCGCCAAGUCGACCCCAAGUACCUCGGUUUCCAGGGCGAGAAGUACGGCGAGAACCUUGACGAGGAACUCAAGAACCCCACCGAUCGCCGAUGGCUUGCCGUUGGUCAGGCACUGUUCCACGAAGGUUACACUGUCGAUAGGGUUCACGACCUCACUAAGAUCGACAAGUGGUUCUUGUACAAGCUCCAGAACAUCGUCGACCUCACCCAUGAGCUCGAGGAAAUAGGCAGCUUGUUUGGUCUCAAGAAGGACAUCAUCCUCAAGGCUAAGAAGCUUGGUUUCUCUGACAAGCAGAUCGCGAAGGCUGUUAACAGCACCGAGGAUGAGGUUCGCGCACGCAGGAAGAGCUUCGGCAUCAAGCCGUGGGUCAAGAGGAUUGAUACUUUGGCUGCUGAAUUCCCCGCUAAUACGAAUUACCUCUACUCUGAGGGAAGGCUUUACUGUGUUGCACCGAGGCCUGCUAUGCUGGACGCCGUCCAUUGCUCCAACCGCUUUACAGCCUAUAUUCCGCCUGCUCUUCCUUCUGCUAGAAGCCACUUUCGCAUACAUCUUCUGGGCUAUGAGAACCCAAACAGCAAAGACUACGGCAUGGCACACAUCCGUCCCUGGGAUCGUUUUGCGCUCGAGUAUACUGGGCUGUGCUCUCAUUGCUGCCUGGACGAAGGUAUCCUUGGUGACUUCUCGCUAUCUGCAGAACAGCUCCAAGAGUCGGCUGUCAAGAAAAAGGAGCGUUGCCGUGAAAAGCACCAUCACCGAAACGCCGACUACCACUUCAAGCAGAUGGAGACGAACUACCAUGACUACCUGGAUGAAGUGGGAGUUCGGGUCCGCCUACAUAGGGCUCAGAAGCACAAAGAGCGCAGGGCAUGGGAGAAGGCCAACCGAGCGAAGCACGCCAUCAAGAAGAUAUACCAUUGCAACCUUUGCAACACAACCACCUACAACGCCUCGUCUCACGACGUGACUUUUGAUGACCACGGUAUCCUGGUUCUGGGAUCGGGCGUCUACCGGAUCGGAAGUUCAGUCGAAUUCGAUUGGUGUGCUGUCAACGCUACCCGCUCUCUCAACGCCCUCGGAAAGAAGACUGUCAUGAUCAACUACAACCCCGAGACAUAUUCUACCGACUUUGACGUCGCCGACAAGCUGUACUUCGAAGAACUCAGCUACGAGCGUGUUAUGGAUAUCUACGAGUUGGAGACCGCUAGCGGUGUUGUUGUCUCUGUCGGUGGCCAACUUCCCCAGAACAUUGCGCUCAAGCUUCAAGAGUCUGGAAAGGCAAAGAUUCUCGGAACUGAUCCUCACGACAUUGACAAGGCCGAAGAUCGCCACAAGUUCUCUUCCAUCCUGGACUCAAUCGGUGUUGACCAACCCGCCUGGAAGGAGCUUACCUCAUACGAGGACGCGAAGAAGUUCGCAAACUCUGUCGGCUACCCAGUUCUUGUUCGUCCAUCAUAUGUCCUGUCAGGUGCUGCCAUGACUGUUAUCCGCGGUGAGGACGAGCUGAAGGAGAAGCUUCUUGCUGCUUCCAACGUUUCGCCCGAUCACCCAGUCGUCAUCACUCAAUUCAUUGACGGCGCUCAAGAGAUCGACUGCGAUGCUGUUGCUUCCAACGGAAACGUUCUCGUCCACGCUGUCAGUGAGCACGUCGAGAACGCUGGUGUCCACUCCGGAGACGCGACCCUGGUGCUGCCCCCUGUCAACCUCGACAAGCGCAUCCAAGAACGCGUCAAGGAGAUCGCAGACAAGGUUGCCAAGGCCUGGAACAUCACUGGUCCCUUCAACAUGCAGAUCAUCAAGGAGGAGGUUGAGGGCUCUGAGCCAAACCUCAAGGUCAUCGAGUGCAACCUACGUGCCUCUCGUUCAUUCCCCUUCGUCAGCAAAGUCCUUGGUACCAACUUCAUUGAAGUUGCCACUAAGGCUCUCGUUGGCCGUGACGUGCCCGAACCAACUGACCUCAUGAGCGUUGAGAGGAACUAUGUCGCCACCAAGGUUCCCCAAUUCUCCUGGACUAGGUUGGCAGGUGCUGACCCCUACCUUGGCGUUGAGAUGUCAUCCACUGGUGAAAUGGCCUGCUUCGGUAAGGACCUCGUUGAGGCCUACUGGGCUUCCGCACAGUCGCAGAUGAACUUCCGCCUUCCCCAGCCCGGUGAGGGCCUCCUCUUCGGUGGUGAUGUCACUCCCGGUUCGCUCCACUCCAACUCCCUUAUCCAGGUCGCCAAGUACGUGCAUGCACUGGGCUACAGGUUCCUUGCUGCCAACAAGGAUGUAAAGGAGCUUCUGGAGAAGAACACCGAAGGCAUCAGCGUUGACGUCAUCGAAUUCCCCAAGGACGACAAGAGGAAACUCCGUGAGGUAUUUGAGAAGAACGACAUUCGUGGCUGCUUCAACCUGGCUAAGUUCAGGGCGAAUGGUCUAUUCGACGAGGACUACGUAAUGAGGAGGAAUGCGGUUGACUUUGGUGUGCCGCUAUUCAUGGAGCCCAAGACUGCCGUUCUCUUUGCGCAAUGUAUGAGUGAGAAACUGCCCAAGAAGGAGGGCAUCCCCAGUGAAGUCAGGUCAUGGAGCGACUUCGUUGGUGGACGACCAUUGUAG